UCAAGUUAUUUUGUAUUUGCAGUGUAAAAUACUAGAAUAAACUAUGCAAUUGGCUUACUUUUUUACCCUGCUGUUGUGCAUCGGCCGGUUGUGCAAUGGAGACAUGUAUAUGCAUAAUCCCAGAGGAUGCAACAAUCGACUAAACGAAGAGAGCGCGACUAGAACGAAUAAUAACAGAAUAUUUAACAGUCAGAACAACAACAGAGGUGGUUACAAUGUUGGAGACAAAAAUCCCGAAGCAGCUACCAAUCAGGAACAACAAUAUAGUAUGGAAUAUUUUCAAAGUAGUGCAAAUGUACGCCCGGGGACAGAUUCACUGAGCGGGAGAAGCGAGCUUGUAGUUCAAUGGACCAAUCAACAUGGUUGCGGAGGGAACGAAGACACUGAUCCCCACAAGUUGAACUGCAAUAUUGUGCUUCAAUAUUUGUGUCAAGACGAUGUCGACUCUGCGGCGCUUGAUGAUGGUUUUACGUUACGAAACGGAAUCUCAACAGACAGUCAGAAUUAUAAUAAUAUUGCCAGUACGUCAACCAAAGCUGAUUUCGACGCCCGUAAAAAUCAAGAUGCAAAAGUCAACCGUGCCGUUCACGAACCAUGGUGGUCGUAUGACGCAUGCAAUAAGCGGGAAAGGAAUAAGGGCCUGUUCGUUGCAACCCAGAAUCUAGAACAACGUGGUGCCGUUUCAACAAGACAAAAUCCAGGUGGAGAUCGUUCGGGAUGGGAAUGUCCAGAAGAGAGAGAUUAUUUUCCGUAUUGGCACCCAACAGUUUUCACAGAUGCUGCUAUUUUGGCUCAAAAUGAGUCGAUGUGCGAGUAUUACAAGCAACACAGCUUUAAUCGUGCACCAAAGUCUCUGUGUGUAGAGGAAUUCUCAGCUGGUGUACGAAAACAUUUUUCAGACUACAGUACUAAAGAAUCGUGUGAAGCAAACAGCCACUCUUGGGUGGAAUAUUAUCAAAUGCUGGAAUUAGCUCCCAAAUAUACAUCACAGGGAGACUGCGAAAAAGAUCACGGUGAUGGAUUGUCAUACAAGUGGGGCAAACCCUUCGAUCCAAAUAAAAUUGAAAAUCAUCAACCUAUUGUAGAUACCUGCUUUGUUCAACCACCUGAGAUUGACUGCAAGGCUGCUGAUUGGUCUCGUGUGAAUCAUCUUGGCAAUGGAAGAGCGGGUCAUCCAUUAAAUUACACUUGGGUCCUUCCUCAUUACCCCAGUGGAAACAAGAAAAGAUGCAUACUUAGAGCAAGAUACAACAUUACCACUGAUGACUACGAUCCAUGGAACACAUUUGCAUCCAACGGUGAAAAUAAAAUUCAACAGAAUCCGCUUGUGGAUGUCGCCGAAGGGGCACAAUCUUUACGAUUGGCAAUCAACACGGCACAAUUCGGGAGAACAUUCCAAGAUCGCACUCAUGUCUUCAAAUUGGCACCUCGACCUUCAAAUUUCGACGCGGAUGCCCGAGUUCUUAAUCUAAAUGUGAGAGGAAAACGCGGUAAUAUUGUUCAGACCUUCCCUGCUGUUGAAUACGAUUUCUAUCCUACUCGUUUCAGUAUGAGAAAGGGGCUAGAUUAUCUUCACGUUCAAUGGACCGGAUCUAACACACAUAAGAAUGGUGGGCCCGGUGGUGACGGACAAACUGGCAGUGCGGGAGAAGGAAAGGAUAACACAGAUCGACAUAAUUUACUCCAAACUAUAGACACAGAUGUCAAUUACCCUCUUCCUUGGGAAACAAUGACCAUGUUCAAAGAUGCAACGGUUAUGUGGGUUGAUCACGGCGAUAUCACACUUGCUCAAUCCAAUAUCGAAGUAUUUUUGGCGACUGCGGGUUACUAUCAUUGCCUUGACGGUUGCUCUAAAUCUUUGGACGGUGUGGCGACACCUCUUCAGCGCACACUUGACAACGCUAAUCCAUCAUUCCAUGGUAUAGUCGUAAAAUUCGAGUCAACUGGCGAAUAUUACUACAUAUGUACUCGCAACAACAAUUUUACAAACCGCAGUCAGAAGGGAAAACUCACGAUUAAAGAAGCCUGAAUUUCCAGUCACCAAUUAGAAAACAUCAACUAACGACACAGAAAUGUAAACACUGUAUAUUUGAUAUAUAUAUAUAUAUAUAUAUGUUACUCUUUAGCCUGCUUUAAUCAAGUAUACACGUCAAAUUUCAUGUUGAAUAUAACCCAUUUACUUAUUUGAAUGUUCCUGAUUUGCUCGUAGUCAUGUACGUUGACUUGAAGUUCUGUUUUAUUUCAGUCAGAAACGGUUUGUCAAGUUAUGAUUAACAGAUCACAUCAUUUAGUUUAUAUUGGUAACAUGCGUUUUCAGCAGGACUAACCAUUUUCUUCAUACGCUUUUUAACAAUAUAAAAGUAUCGUUAUAUAUUGCUUGUUCAAACCAACUUCGCAGGUACCCUGGCGAAAUAUGACAUCAGUUCAUAUGACACCCGGAUAAUACUUCGUCAAUCAUAACUACAGAAUUUUGCUGCAUUUAUCACGCUUGUAUCAUAAAAUAUUCCUCGCUGACUCUGUAUUAACAACCUACAUAUGUAUAUAUAUAUACCUACAGUACUCCAUAUUGUUAGUCUGCUAAAUGUACCUAUACUUACAUCUUUUUACGUUUUUCAUAAUUUCACAUAAUCAGCACAGUGAAAUCAAAGUAACUCGUGUCACAUUUUCCAGAAAUGGACUUUUUGGUCUUCUGUUAUUAUAGACCGGGGGUCAUCCUUCGGUCUUGGUUUCAUAACUGUACCUGUUUUGGUUUAAAUUUCAGGCAGUGCCUGGUGUUCAUUUUUAGAUUUGGCUGUUCAGACUUAAAAUUUACAAAAAAUCUAUUCUCUAAAAAUCUUAAAAAUGUGACAAAAGCUAAUUCGGUUUUACUGCGACUAUAUAUGGCCUUGGACUUACCGAGAUCAUUUAGCUUUCGGGCAAUGACUACAGUUGUAAUGUUAACUCUCGUAAAAUGAAUAUUCCGAGAGGUAGUGUGUCACGGAAGAAAUAUAUUUCAUUUCAAAAAUAUUUCAGUGAAAAUUAUGCAGUUGUAAGUCACUGAAUUUCCUUUUACAUGAAAGCCUAACUCUUCAAAUAUUAUUGUAAAUGUUGUUUUGUGCUACGUUUAUGUCUCAGAAUUUGACAUAAAUAAAGGAAACUUGUAUCUCA